AUGCUAAGAAAAUAUCUAAUUCCAUCGCUAGUGACUGCAAGAAGGCUUUUGCAAACCCAAAUUAGUGAAAAUAUUCAGACUUGUGUGCCUCACAAGCCUGUCAUGGUGAAGGAGGUGCUUGAGAAUCUUAAGCCAAGUGAAAAUCAAACUAUCCUGGACAUGACAUUUGGCGCUGGAGGUCAUUCCAGACAGAUCCUGAACUCUGCCCCGAAUAUCAGACUUCUGGCACUGGACAGAGAUCCUGUAGCUCAUGAAUAUGCCAAAGAAUUGCAAAAAGAGUUUCCAGAUCAGAUUGUUCCACUCCUGGGACGUUUCUCUGAACUGCCACAACUACUCCAAGAGGCUGCAGUAGAACAAAACUCAAUUGAUGGGAUACUUUUCGACUUUGGCUGCUCAUCAAUGCAGUUUGAGGUGGCCGAAAGAGGUUUCUCUGUGGUGAGAAAUGCGCCUCUGGAUAUGAGAAUGGAUGGAAAGAGGUUCCCGGAAAUGCCCACAGCUGCUGAUGUGUUGGCAAGAGCGGGAGAACUUGACCUGUAUAGGAUAUUCAAGGUCUAUGGUGAAGAGAAGAAUGCACGAAAAAUUGCUAGAGCCAUUGUGCAGGCCAGAUAUGGCGUGAAGAGGAUCGAGACAACCAAGGAACUUGUGGAUCUCGUCAGUGCCUGCUGCGAGGAGGAUUUUCGCCUGGACCUGUUGCAUAGACCCACGAGUCUGGCCACGAAAGUAUUCCAAGCAUUGCGUAUUUUCGUGAACAACGAGCUGAAUGAGAUCAAUUACGGCAUGAUUCUGGCACAGAGGUUCGUGAAGGUGGGGGGUCGAGUGGUCACCAUCACUUUCCACUCCUUGGAGGACAAAAUUGUGAAGCGGCACAUCAUGGGAAACGUCACGGAGAAUAUGGCUAAUCCUCUGCCGCUGAAGUAUGUCAGUCACACGCUGAUUUACGAUCAGGACUCCUUGGAAACUCUCACAGACACCGGUUGGCUAUCCCUGCAUAAACACGUCCUCACGCCCCGUCCAGAAGAGAUCGAGCAGAAUCCCCGAUCGCGCUCAGCCAAACUUCGUGCAGCCAUCCGUCUGGAUUAGUAAGUGUAUCAUUCGCUAGACAAUACAAUUAGUUACGCUUCC